GGAGAUAGUGUUUCUGAACUAAGGGAAUGGAGACCUGUCGUUUACAGAAAGUGCACAGACACUCUCUGGUUGCUCCUCUUCUUCCUUUUCUGGGCUGGCUUGAUGUUUAUAACUGGCUAUGCUGUGAUGGCUGGUGCCGCAGAAAGACUUGUGCUUGGAUAUGACAGCUUUGGGAACAUAUGUGGUAGGAGGAACACUCCUGUAAAAGGGGCACCCCUUUCUGGACAGGACAUGACUAAUAAAAAGUAUGUGUUCUUUCUGAAUUCAUGCAGCCUGGAAAUGCAAAGCCUCAAAAUCAGUUCAGUUUCCUUGUGCGUGUCUAGUUGUCCACAAGAGCAACUCAACUCUUUGGAAGACCUCCAGAGUUUUGCAAGGAAUAAUGGUUCUUGUCUUUGUGUUUACAACCUGAACAUUUCCAGUUACACACUAAAUCCAAAGGCAGCUGAGCUGUGUCCCACACUGCCAGUUCCACCAAGCAAAACUUUUCCAUUAUUUAAUCGAUGUGUUCCACAAAAUCCUGAAUGCUAUUCCAAAUAUGCAUCUGUCUUAAUAAGUAUGGUUAAUGAAAUGGAUGUUUUUCACCGAACUCUGAGUGGAAUAUUGGCAGGAAGAGAUACUGUGAUAGGACUGAGUGUCCUUGCACUAGCCUUCUCUUUUAUACUGGUUUUAGCCUUCAGAUUUAUACGGAUGCUUCUGGUCCAUACUUUGAUUGCACUGGUUGUAUUCGGGUUGUUAUUUGUCUCAGGUGUUCUCUGGUGGCUCUAUUAUGACUACAAGAAUGAUCCCAGCACUGAAUUGGAGACAGAAAAGGAAAAUGUAAAAUUUCUGCUUGGAUAUGCUAUCUUCUCAACAAUAGUUACCGUUGUUCUGCUUUCCCUUAUACUUGUACUAAGAAAGAGGCUUCAGUUCACUGUACAGCUCUUUCGAAUUGUUGGUAAAAUCAUUGGCAGAAUUCCUUUCCUCCUGUUCCAACCACUCUGGACCUUUCUGAUUCUCAUUGUGUUCUGGGUUUUUUGGGUUGCUGUACUACUUAGCUUAGGAACUGCAGGUACUGCACAGACUACUUCAGGAGGACAAGUAGAAUACAGAGCUCUGUCUGGAAUUUGCUACAUGGCAUGGUAUCAUUUCGUUGGCCUUAUCUGGACUAGUGAAUUCAUUCUUGCCUGCCAGCAGAUGACGAUUGCUGGGGCAGUGGUUACUUGUUACUUCAACAGAAAUAAACAUAGCCCACCACCUCACCCAGUGCUGUCUUCCAUAUCAGUUCUUUUUUGCUAUCAUCUAGGAACUGCUGUAAAAGGCUCAUUUUUAAUCACAGUACUGAGAAUACCAAGGAUUGUUCUCUUGUACCUUUAUAAUAUCCUAAAACAAAAGGAGGGUGCAUGUGCAAGGUGCCUGUUCAAGUGCUGUUUCUGCUGGUUUUGGUGCCAGAAAAGUUGCUUAAGAUACUUUAACCAGCAUGCAUACACAACUACAGCCAUAAAUGGGACAAAUUUUUGUACAUCAGCAAAGGAUGCUGUCUUUAUUUUGGAGAAGAAUUCUGCUAAACUUGCAUCCAUUAGCUGUUUUGGAGAUUUUAUCCUGUUUCUAGGAAAGGUGUUUGUUGUAUGUUUUACUGUUUUUGGAGGAUUGAUGGCAUUUAACUACCAUCGGGAACUGCAAGCUUGGGUAGUUCCUCUAUUGAUGGUUGGAUUUUUUGCCUACCUGAUGUCCCACAGCUUUCUGUCUGUGUUUGAAGUGACAGCAGAUGCCAUGUUCCUUUGCUUUGCUAUUGAUAUGGAAACAAAUGAUGGAUCCGCAGAGAAGCCGUACUUCGUGGAGCAGGAACUGCUGACCUUUGUGAGUCAGAGUAACAAGUUAACAGAAGGGCAAAAACACAGAAGCCUGAGACCUUUCCAGGACAAUGAAGAUGGGACAGAGCUCCAACCUAUGGAAAGUCAGGAGAGUGGUAGGCUGCUUGAUUUCAUGCUGGAACUGGUGAAGUUCCAGAGCUACUUGACUGUGAAGCGCACCAGGAAGUAUGAAGGCAGACCAGCAAUAGCAAAAACAGUCAUAGAAAAAAAGUAA